GCGCGGGGGCAGCUCACUGGAGUUUGGUUCUCGAGGCGGCGGCAGCGGCGGCGGCGGCUCCGGCAGCUCCUCCUCCUCCUGCGGUGGCGGCGGCGGCCCGGGCCUGAGCUCCGGCUCCGGCUCCCCUCUCCGCCGCCCCGCGCGCCCCCACCUCUCCCGGCGCCGCAGGGAACAUGAGGCUCCGCUCUCGGAGGCCGGCGAGUGAGUGACCCCCGUCCCCCGCCUCAGCCCGCCCGCCCGCUGGCCCGGCCGCUCCCCCCCGCCUCGCCCAGGCAAUGACAGCGGCUCCGGCGUCUCCGCAGCAGAUCAGGGACCGGCUGCUGCAGGCCAUCGACCCCCAGAGCAACCUGCGGCCCACACAUCUGCUUCCUGGAGGCCUGGAGACACCUUGCGUCUAUUUCUGAUCUUUUUGUGAGAUGAGAGUGGCAUCUGUUUGGAGGGGCAGAGACUCAAGCUCAUCGAUCCGGAACAUGGUGGCGGUGCUGGAAGUCAUCUCCAGCCUGGAGAAAUACCCGAUUACCAAAGAGGCACUAGAGGAGACGCGACUUGGAAAGCUCAUCAACGACGUCCGCAAAAAGACCAAGGAUGAGGAGCUCGCCAAGCGGGCCAAGAAGCUGCUGAGGAGCUGGCAGAAGCUCAUCGAGCCUGUGCACCAGAAUGAGGCGGCGCUGCGGGGGCUGGCAGGUGCCCCUGGCUCCGCUAAUGGGGGUGCCCACAACUGCCGGCCAGAGGUGGGGGUGGCUGGCGCACCCAAGAGCAUCCAUGACCUGAAGAACCGCAACGACAUCCAGAGACUACCUGGGCAGCGGCUGGACAGGCUGGGCAAUCGCAAGCGCCGGGGGGAUCAGCGUGACCUUGGCCACCCUGGGCCGCCUCCCAAGGUCUCCAAAGCAAGCCAUGACUCCCUGGUCCCCAACUCAUCACCUCUCCCCACCAAUGGGAUAGGUGGAAGCCCUGAGAGCUUCCUGGGCGUCCUGGACAGCGGCAGGCACAUGGGCCCUGAGAGUAGCCGCCUGGAGCAGGGCGAGAAUGACAAGCACAGUGGCAAGAUCCCCAUCAAUGCUGUGAGGCCGCAUACCAGCUCCCCAGGACUGGGCAAACCCCCUGGGCCCUGCUUACAGAGCAAGGCUGCAGUGCUGCAGCAGCUGGACAGGGCAGAUGAAACCCCCGGACCCCACCACCCCAAGGGACCGCCUCAUUGCUCCUUCAGUCCCCGGAACUCACGGCAUGAGGGCUCCUUUGCCCGCCAGCGGAGCCCAUACACACCCAAGGGCUCUGUGCCCAGCCCCUUGCCUCGGCCCCAGUCACUAGAUGUCACGCAGAUGCCGUCACCGCUGCCACUGGCCCAGCCAUCCACACCUCCUGUGCGGCGGCUUGAGCUGUUGCCCAGUGCUGCUGAGAGCCUGGUGCACUGGCUAGAACAACCUGAGGGACACCAGCGGCUGUCUGGGCCAGGCUGUAAGGCAGGGCUGCCACCAGCUGAGCCCAUCCUGCCCCGGGCUGGCUUUUCCCCGGACUCCUCCAGGGCAGACAGUGAUGCAGCCUCCCCUGGUGGCUCGGACAGCAAAAAGAAGAAGAGGUACCGGCCUCGUGAUUAUACCGUGAACUUGGACGGCCAGAUGGCUGAGGCGGGCGUUAAGCCUGUCCGGUUAAAAGAGCGGAAGCUUACCUUUGAUCCCAUGACAAGACAGAUCAGACCUCUGACCCAGAAAGAGCCAGUGCGAGCUGACAGCCCUGUGCACACAGAGCAGCCGAGGACAGAGCUGGACAAAUCCGAGGCCAAGGCCAGCCUCCAAAGCCCCUUUGAGCAGACGAACUGGAAGGAGCUGUCACGCAAUGAGAUCAUUCAGUCCUACCUAAGCCGACAGAGCAGCCUGCUGUCUUCAUCAGGCGCGCAGACCCCCGGGGCCCACCACUUCAUGUCUGAGUACCUGAAGCAGGAGGAGAGCACCCGGCGUGGGGCCAGGACGCCACAUGUGCUACUGCCUCCGGGCUCGCCCACUGACCUCCCAGGGCUGAGCCGCCAGGUCACACAGGACGAUCUGGACAGAAUCCAGGCCCACCAGUGGCCAGGGGUGAACGGGUGUCAGGACACACAGGGUAACUGGUAUGACUGGACGCAGUGCAUAUCGCUUGAUCCGCACGGCGACGACGGGCGGUUGAACAUUCUGCCUUAUGUCUGCUUAGACUGACUGGCCCCACAGCCUCUAAGUGCAUUCCCACCUUGCAGUUAGCAGGACGGUGGCCGGGCCUGGAAGCCUCCACUGGUUUGGAGCCCAGCUGAGGCAGAAGGGAGGGGCAGGGGUCUAGAGGUUUCUCCGAGCUCUUCCCUCAAAAUUUUCCUUCUUUUGUGAAAUGCUGCUACCAGUUUACUAACAAUAUUACAAAGGAAGGACCGCGUGGAAGGAAGGCCGGCAAAGUGAGUUCAGAACUCUAUAGCAAACCAGCUAUAAAAAGCGUCAGUCCCCCACCCCAGAAGAGGUGUGGACACAUCCCAGCACCCAUUAGCUGGGACCUCAGUUGUAGGCAGGCACAGAAAACCUGUGGGAGACAUUACCUUUAAGACAGCAACAGAGGCACGCAUCUCAUCUAUCUGCAUUUUUUUGUUCUCUGAUUUGGCCCUGAGUGUCUGAGGCAGUGGGCAGUCCCAUGGCCUCUGCACCUCACCCAGCCAGUGUUUCUGUCCUGGUGUCAGAAGCUUCUCAGAUGUGGUGAGCUGCUGGCAUCAGGUGGACCUCCUGGCUGGUCAGUUUGACCCACACUCCACGGUCAUCCACACAUUAGUACCUGUUUUCAGUUCAAACCCAGUUUUUAAAGAAAUGCUGCAAAAGUUUGAGUUUUCUAGAGUUUAUUUUAUCUUCCUCUUCCAUCUUACCACCAGCCAAAAUAGUUUUCCUUUCUUCCUUUUCAUUUCCCCUUUCCUGCACAAAUCUAGAAAACUUCAUCUUUCUAGGGUCCCAUCCCCAAAACACAGUUCCCACAGGUGCUACUGGUGUGUAAAGCUGUACUGUUGGCAAGGAGACCUGUCUGUGCGCUGGAAACACUCAUGACCAUUCCUUUAGAUUCGUUUGCCUUAUGGUUAUUGUCAUAACGCGAUUUGCAAAAACAAGGAGCCUUAGUGAAUGUACAGUACCUAGACUUCUGUGUUCUCAGGAUGCAGAAGGGAGCAACUUUCCUAUAUGGUCCAGUAAGUGGACACCUUGUGAUAUAAAUGUGGAAAUAAAAAAAAAACAUUUGCACAAA